UCCGCCGAGGAGCUCUUCCUCUCGGGCCGUAUCCGCGUAGGCUGCCUCUCCCCCAUCCGCCAAGAAACGGAUUGCAGGGAGCAGCAGGGGGAGGACGGGGGCGGCGUCGACGGCCGCUCGCCGCGGCCUCGCCGGACCAGGUCGGUUUCGCCGCCCCGGAGCCCGCGGCUCGCGAAGACUGCAGAGCCUGCCGACUCCUUGGCAUCAGCGUCGUCGUCAUCCUCCUCCUCUUCCUCUGCCAAGACCAUGCGGCGGAGGAUAUCGCUGCGGGACCUCCUCGGCCGCACCUGCAGCGAUCCCUCGAUGAGGCCGCCGGCUCCUAUUACCACCGCCGCCGAGAGAUCAGGAUCCUGGCUGCCAUCUAUCUGGCCGACGCGGGCCAAGAAAGCUCUGCCCUGCUCGGCGCCGCAGCCUGCUCGCCGGUCAGUUUCGUCGGUCAGGGCCGCAGCACCGGGCGGCGCGGGGCGCGAUGAGGGGCCGCGGCGGCGCACAACGUCUCUGCCGUACCGGCAAGGCCUGGUUCUUGGAUGCCUCGGCUUAGGAGCCCGGAGCUACGGGCUCGCAAAGUCCAUGCACCCCCUCUCCACGCGGUGAUCUCGGCACGUCUGGCAAGUGGCAAGGCAUAGUUUCAGGGCUUACCUGAAAAAUAUUUGAUGCGCUUUUAUCCCCAGUGCAAAAUGGGAACAAUGUUAUGUAUACAUCGCAAAUACAGUAUGAUUUUGUUCAGCCGGCUCAA